CCCAGGACCAAGAUCAUUGGUAAUUAUAAUAUUUAUGCUUUCUGUGUAUCAAGAUAGUGCUUUAUUCAUUGAUCAGGUAUUAUUGGUCUGCAUGAAUAUGAUCUACUGUUUAUACUCUGCAUGGAUCCAUUCCAAGAACACUCAACUCACUGUAUGUAUGAAUACUGUUUACACUUUAGGAUCCAUUCCAAGAACACUGUAACCAAUGUGCUUGAUGUCACAUUUAAAAUGUUGCAACAUCAAACACAUUGGUUUACUCGGUUACUCAUUGCACGCAUACCUAUAAUGGCAUAACAACAUCACAUGAUUGCGGAUUUAGGGAUUUGGGACUAUUAAUAGAAACUGUGGAGCUGGCAUAUCAUAACAUAACAGUUAGAUAAUUCUGUGUGUGUGAGUGUCUAAUUUACUGUCUGUGUGACCUGCCGAGUUCUGUCUGGCUCAUUCAGCUCCAGUAACCUGCAGCUCUUACCCUCAACUUUUUCGUUAUACUUCCUAUGAAUUCCAUUUGGCUUUGAACACUCUCCUUAACCUCAUUCACGAUAAUAUUAUAUGUACCCGUACCCAUGGCUAUGGCCUCAGGUACUAGAGUGGUAUUACCAUGGGAGAACAUAGUUUGUGCAAAUUGUUUAGACAAAAAUCCAUACGCCAUUUGGUUAGUAAAAUAUUGUUGCUUUGAUGCGCAAGCUCACAAACAACCACGGACAACUGUUGUAGUAAUUGAUGUGAAGAAUGUUAAGCUUGUCAGAGUUAGACAGAGUCCAACUGGGACCAAGACUGGAGGUCCCAAGAUGUGUAAACAACAAAUGUCUCGAGGCACAUGCAGAAAUGGAGAUAGUUGUACUAAAGCACACUCAGAAAUUGAGCUCGAUUGCUGGAAUGCGACUUAUUUCUUAAGACAAAAACACGAAGACCUCAUGAAACAGCUGGGAGUGCUUAAGCCCACUAUAUCAUCGGAAGUUUGCAAGCAAUGCCUGUCUGCUAAUUCGAGAGCUGUGUGGCUGACUUGGCUAACAUGCACUGACAGUAGCCAUGCCGGCGAAGACCGUGUCACUGUGGUCAUGAGGAGAGAAGCAAUGGAGUUGGUAACUAUUCCCGUAGAGUCAGGCCACAAAACACGUGCCUGUAAGGAAGGGGGUAAAUGCAAAAAAACUGAUUGUUCAUUUGCUCACAGUCAAGAAGAGCUUGAAUACUGGAAAUGGUCCAAAUUGAGUGGAGAAAUUUACAGAAAGCUGGAAAAAGUGUCUAUGGACGUUUGCAAGAGCUUUUCCUACCCAUGUGAUAAUUCAGCCUCUAUGAUGGAUACAGCCGGGUGUAGACAGCUUUCAUGUGACAACUACAAAGAGAAGUUCCACAAACUUAUCUAUCUUGAUAAUCUGGAGCAUGCCAGGAAGAUGGUUGCAGAGUGUGAUGGUGACCUGACCAUUGACAAUGAUCCUAAACAUGGAGAACUUCAAACAAAAGAAGUUCAUGUCGUGGGCAUGAGCAGCACGAGCAUGGAUUAUGCUUUCCAGAAACCAGUACCAUGCAGAGCAGAUAUUACUGUAUAUGGUGCUGCUAGUGCAAGCCACAUUUCCGGUAACGUUGAGAGUAAAGCAGACAAUACUUUGGUUGUGAGAAUUAAGGCAGGUCAACUACCACUGCAAUUGCCUAUAAAAGCUAACGUUCACUUUGAGUACGCUCACUGGAAAUUCCAGCGACUGCACUGUGCCAUUGAGUAUGCACAACCUCAGCUGAUAAAAAGACUCACGGCACCUCUACCUUCGCCUGUUCUAAAUGAUCUGUAUAUCCCUGAAUUUGAAUCCAUCCAAAUUGAUAGUGAAUAUCAGCCAAUAGUGUUGAGGAAGAUUUUCAAGGGUGGACUAGGCUCCCCAUUUCUUCUGCUUGGUCCUUUUGGCACUGGCAAGACACAUCUUUUACUGGUAGCUGCUUUAGCACUAGGAACGGCUGGUGGCAGAAUCCUCAUCUGCACACAUCAUAACAGAGGAGCUGAUACUAUUAGCAAGAAACUUGCCUCUGAGCCAGAAUUUGCUGAUAAAGUUCUUCGAUUAUACCCAAAUAAUUCAGAAGCAUCAAAAAAGCACAGGUUUUUUUGUAGUGCAUCAGCACCUAAUCUAAUCCGCUCUGAAUUUUCUUGCUAUACUAUUCUGGUGACAACUUUUACAACAGCCCUAAAACUCAUUGAGCGACAAGACCUUCAGGGAAGUUUGUACUUCUCCCAUAUUAUAAUUGAUGAGGGUGCACAAUCCAGGGAACCUGAGGCACUGGGAGCUUUAUUAAUGGCAGGACCACAAACCUGUCUCAUCAUUGCUGGUGACAACAAGCAGGUUGGUCCCAAUGUCUUGGUGCUGAGUGAUGUAGCCAGAAAGAAUGGCCUUGGUGAAUCCCUUAUUGAGAGACUACUGAAGCUCUAUGAACAACGAAUGCCAAAAAGCUUGAAUCAAUCCCGAUACUCCCUCCUUACAAACUAUCGAAGCCACCCCUCCAUCCUCAUGCUAGCAUCCACUUUGUUCUAUGAUUGCACCCUUCAGAGUCGCAGCACAAUCCAGACCCAUCCCCUGGCCUCAUACCCCAUCGUAUUUCAGUGCUCCUCUCUCCAACAAAAAGAGGUAGGGGUAUCCAGAUAUGUGAAUGAACAAGAAGCAAAACUGCUGGUCAGUAAAGCCCUGGAGUUUAUUACAACAUGGCCUGAAAAUGAUUUAAAACGGACACCUUCUGUAGCAUUAAUGGCUGGAUCGGAUGCACAGGUCAACUGUUUACGCUCGGAGUUUGCCAAGUUGCAGCACACCCAAGAUUUGUUGUGCUCUGCCAAGUUGCAGCACACCCAAGAUUUGCCGUGCUCUAUUCAGUUCUCCUUGACGUACGCAAUCCAAGGUAGCGAGUUUGAUGCUGUGUUUUUGAGUACUCACGAGCCAACUGACAAGGAGAGUAAACCACUUAACACUGUGCGGAGCAUCUGCAAUGAAUACGUCUUCAACACAGUCAUAACGAGAUCUCGAUCUCUGAUUGUUGUUGUGGGGAACCCAUUCCAACUUAUCAAAAUGAGCUCAUACUUUUCGAUCAAUUGCUGGUCUGAGCUGAUUAAGCGAUGCCUCGCCUGCCAGUCCUUUCAUCUACCUCAGGGCACAGUGGAACGACUAUCUUACGUGAUUGAGGAGCUUCAUGCAUUUGUUUUCUCUCUUGAAAACACUACCACAUGUACAAAUGACAGCAGCAAUGAGGGCUAUCGCAAGCUCUUUCUUUCACAAAAAAAUGAGCAAAUGGCCAAAAAGCUUGUUGAAAACCCGGAGAAUAUCAUUGGUACUAGACAUUGGUAUGAUUCAGAUGAUUCUGACACUGACGAGCAACAAGUUGCAACUGGUGAACUUGAGCUUCUGUCUCAUCGUAAGGGGAAGAUUUUGUCAGAUGACCCAGCUAUUUCAGGCCUUACCAUCAGCUUAGCUGAAGAACGACGAUGCCAUUUUAGUGGUCAAAAGGUCAGAGUUGAUAAGAUCUCAAAAAAGAUAAUUGUUGAUAUUGAGACUGCUCGAGAGUUAAAUAAGAAGUACUUUGGGCACACUUUUCUCUGUCGUGUUCAAGAAAACAGUAUGAAUCGAUUCUACCCGUUCAACAAAACCAUUCCUGUUUUAAACAAUAUGCCGAACCUUACAAGAGACAUUUCUUCAUAUGGGGUAGUUUGCUUUGACCCAAACAGCAUCGGCAACCGACCUAAAGCGUGCAAUUUUAUUCCAAAAGAAUGUGCCGUUAACAUGGUGUUCCUCGUGACGUAUCUCAGGUGGCGCAAACGUUUUCCUUACCCAUUAGGAAUAGUUACGGGUGCUCUUCCUUGUGGAAAUUCUGUUUUCACUGGUGACCUCCUCCUCAGGUUAGUACAUAAUAUCCCAAUGCCAGACAACCAUUUGCAUUGUGAAAUAGUGAGGAGUAAUUGUCCUUUGUCUCCCAAAUGCCGUGAAUUCAACAAUGUGAUAACUAUAGACCCUAAGGGAUCCAAAGAUCACGACGAUGCUCUAUCAUGUGUUAGAAAGGGCUUCAGGAAAUUUGAAAUUGGUGUUCACAUCACAGAUGUUCAAAUGUUUGUCCCGAAGGAUUCUGAAGACGAUCGAGUGGCUAGGGCGAGAGGUUGUUCUGUUUACAGCUCCACUGCUGAGUGCGUCAGUCACAUGUUACCACAGCAAAUAGUAGAAGCAGCCAGCAUACUUCCUGAUAGCCAGCCAAGAGACUCUUUUUCAGUCGUUGCUAAAGUUUUACUUUCUCCAAAAAAUUACGAAGUGCAUGGCUUUGACAAUGUUGAAAUUGUGAAGAGUCGUGUCACAUCCAAGUAUGAGCUAACAUAUGCAGAAGCACAGACAUCUCUUUUUAAUGCUGACAAGAGUGAUUCUUUACACAAAAAACUAGCUGUAUUAUGGGCUGUUACUUGUUACUUGAGACAAAAGAGACUUAAUAAUGCAGCCAAACAUAUUUCCGUUGAUGAACUUGAUGAAAUCUCAAACCCUGAGGCUCAUGUUUUAGUCGAAGAACUUAUGAUAUGGGCGAAUAAAAUGGUUGCUACAAAACUUUUUGAUGAUAAUUUUCCGGUGAUUCACCGAUGCCAGUCUCCUCCGAAUCAAGAAGAUUUGGACAAACUAGUAGCAACAUAUGGCCAUCAUAUGUCUGUGUCUCUGGAUCUUCAACAGCAUGUCGUAGACCAAGAUACUUAUCGAAGUGUGGAGAUACUACACGAAACACUCAGAGAAAUGAAGGCCGCUUUGGAAGAAGGAAACGUGAAAACUGCUUUGCAUCAAGUUUUAUUUGAGCAUCUCCAACCACAAGUGGCUGUGGCCCAUGCACUCUUCAACGUAAUCCGCAAUCGCGCUUCAUAUUGUGUUGCAGUUAACGGUGAUCCUCCAGACAAAUAUUCCCACAACUCCCUCAAAUGUGACCACUACACUCAUUUUACCUCUCCAAUUCGACGCUACAUUGAUCUGGUCGUACAGAGAAUGUUACUUGCUGCACUAAAUAAAGAAGAAGAUAGCCAUAGCCUCGAAGAGCUUCAAGAAAUAAGCCGAGAUGUUGGAGAGAAACUUAGAGAAGCUGACAAGUAUGAAAAAGACAGACAAAGUCUCGAUAUAGCACUAAAACUCCAGCAAUCCAGCCGUAAUUACACCUGUUUUGUUAAGAAUGCUGAGGCGGGUGAACUCACUUGGACAUUUCAUGAUGUCACAAUGAAAGCAGCAAACCGGUUUAUAAGAGGUGUUCCGUUGAAGUACCUCAAUGCCAUAACCAUUUCUCGAAGAGAUUCCUCUCCUGAGCCAGAAGAUGAGGAAACUCUGGAUGAAGAACAAAACUGCUCCUGGAAAGUAAAAAUUGCAUCUGCUGAAGGAAGUCCUCACAGCUUUCUUGCUAACCGCUUCCUUAUGGGUCAACGUACCUCUGCUAACAGCCAACUCCAAAUUAGCAUGUUCACGGGAGAGAAUGAGCCACUUACAAACGAUACAAACUUGAAACAGCAAUUACUCUACGCUUCCAUCUGCCCAUUCACACAGAGCAUAAAUGUACAUGAUUGGAAACAGUUGCAGAAGCAUGCUUGUUCUUCAGAUGCCAUUGAUCCAGAAUCUGUAGAAAGACUUCUCCCCUCAUCUAGAUCUCCAACCAUGCCCCAGUACAAGUUCCCAAACAUUAGCCAUUCCCCCCUAUGGGUGUACAAGCUGUGUCGCCCCCUGCAAAGCUGUGAAGUCCUCAGAGUACAGCUAACAGGCUGCUUUAACAGUAACACCCAGAUUAUCUCCCCUGCAGUGCAACUGCUUGAGGUGGGACCCAACCUACGAGUGUGCAUUCAGCACAACAGCAACCCUGCAGAUUGCUUCACCGACACUUCGCAAACUAAACCUCCUGAACGAGGCCAUGCUUCCAUUGAACAGUACUUUCACUACUGGGAGCGAGCUUUGUUGGCUGAGGCUGCCACUGCAAGCAUUCUUGACACAGAGCUGCUCAUCAUCACAGAUGUAAAGCUCGAAUGGCCAGAGUUAAAGCAAAUCGUUGACUCAACAGGUCAUGUAUUCUACAAGCUACCAACAGGUGGGCUCGAGGAUGAUCCUAUGUUAUACUGUGUGUGUAUGAAGCUGAGUGAAAGUUUCGCUACUUUUUCACAAGACUUCUUCAACAUCAAUGUCGGUGACUUGAUGUGUGUACGCUGCUUUGAGAAUGACGAAGGUGUGAGAGGUGUGUUCCACAUGGUGGUUCAUUCCGUUGCUGAGGAUUGUCAGUCAGUGUACCUUAAGUUUGUAGGAGAGAAAGCAAACUUCAUUAGUCCACUCAUUUUAAAGUCGCUGAAAAGGAUGUCUAACGAGGUUCAGCUCAUACCACUCACUCUCCCAUUCAGGCGUAUGUAUAAAAGUUUGUGUAAGCUGAGAUCGUCUCACAGAGAGAUUCUCUCCUCCGCAAUAGCGACUGGAAAAAUUCAUUCUGAACUUCCAGGAAAAGUUCCAGAUCUAGAGAAUGAGAAAAUGUUGACUAGUUGUGAAGCGAGAGUAGCAAAUUCAAUUUGGUCAUCAGAAAAGUCCGAAGCAAAACUACUAAACUGCCACCAACUCGGAGCUGUGCAGCUAGCCUGUCAUAGUGAGCGGGACUUUGUCAUGAUUCAAGGCCCACCUGGCACUGGGAAGAGCAUGACAGGUGCUCACAUAGCAUAUGCUCUUGCUGUAAAGCUCAAGAGAGAGCUUAGACAACACUCAGCUGAAAACAAGGACAACCUCAACCCUUGUGUAAUGUACUGCGGCCCCUCACAACAAUCAGUUAAUGUUGUGUUAGACAUUUUAACGUCAUCUAAGGAAGUGAAUGCCUCGGGUUUGAAAAUUGUACGUGUGUACAGUAACGCAAUUGAGAGCAAGGAUUUCCUGGGUCCAAAGUAUAAUCCACUUGUGUUUAACCCUAUCAAAGUGGACGGAGAGUGCAAAGAAAAGUUUAAAAAUUAUGCCUUACACCACCUAAUUCGUCAAGAGAAUCCAAAAAUCAAGGAAUUGGAUCAAAAAUGUGAGCAGCUCAAAAUUAAAGGCCUUAUUCCGAGUUUUUCCAAAAGGAACAAAUAUAGGAAGCUAGUAACAGAUACCUCGAUAAAAGUUUUAAAGAACAAUGUUGACAUUGUUUUGUGCACGUGUAACGAGGCUGGAAGUUAUCGCAUAACUAGCAGUGUUUCUCCUGAGUAUUGCAUCAUAGAUGAGUGUGCCAUGGCAACAGAGCCUGAGUGCAUGGUGGCAAUUCGAAGAGCAAGGAAGGUUAUUCUAAUUGGAGAUCACAAGCAGCUGCAACCUGUGCUCCGAAAUACAUAUGCUAUGAAUAUGGGAAUGAGUAGAUCAUUGUUUGAAAGAUUUGUAAUUUCCCAGAAUGUGGGACUUCACAUGUUGGAAACUCAAUACCGAAUGCACGAGGCACUCUGCGAGUUCCCAUCCAAUGAAUUCUAUGAUGGUAGACUAAAAACAGACGAAUCCGUGGCCAUAAAGCACGCUCAGAAGUUGGAGAAUUUGGCUGCGUUCUGGCCUCAAGGCAGGGACACUCCGAUGAUGCUGUGUGAUGUAGUGGGGAUAGAAGAGGAGAAUCACACUGGGCACAGGGGGUCUGCCAGGGUCGGCGUUGAGUCCAAGAGGAAUACCGCAGAGGCGAAGAUAAUUGCUGCAAAAGCUGAAGAGCUCAUCUCCAAGUAUGGUAUACAGCCGGAGGAGAUAGCUGCCAUUACUCCUUACUCUGCCCAGAAGGAGGAGAUAAAGAAACAGCUGCAACUGCUUAAAAUAGAUAAAGUGGUUGUGAAAACAAUUACGGAUGCUCAAGGAAGUGAGUUUGGAAUAGUUCUACUUUCUACCGUUCGAUCUCAACCGCUCAAGAAGCUGCCUACCACUAAAACUAAAGUAGGUGGCCGUGGAGAGAAGACAUUUGAUUUAGGAUGGAGGAGGGAGAACCUGGGGUUUAUUACGGACAAACACCAGAUCUGUGUGGGUAUCACACGCUGCAAGUAUGGACUCAUCAUAGUGGGAAACAAGAAGUUGCUGACGUAUGAUCUAACUUGGAGAAGGCUUGUACAACACUAUGAGGAAAAGCAGUGUGUACGUUGUUUCUGAGGAGGACUAACACAUUUUACUGGUAUUAUUUUAUUUGUAUAUGUAUAUACUUAGCAUAAUAAAUUUUAAGAAUAGCGCACAACACCCUUCCUUGACUCCUGUACCUAUAUAGAUGUAAAUUAUAGAGCUAGUUCUAAUGUAUACUUAUCAGUGUAGCACUUAAUUAUGGCUGCAUGCAUGUAUUAUAUAUAAUUAUACCCUUUUGUUCACA